AAUUCAACUGUUCCAUAUAUAUAUUCAUUGGGUGGUGGUGACAUUCUAAAGCGGUGCGUGUGUCUAAAACUAAAAUAGACGACCACCGUACGGCACCAUCCACCUGAUCCCACUCACACAACCGUCCCAUCUCUAACCUCAAAUAUUCGAUAAACCAUUCGCAGGUCGUUUUUUUGUUUUUCCUUUUCUUUUUCAAAAAAAAAAUAAAGGGAAAAUGUCAACAUGGCUUGCUCGUUCCCUUGCAAACUCUCUCCUUCUCGAUGGUGACGGAAACAAUGAAAAUGAUAUCGUAACCGAAUCUCCAACUACCUCACCUAAAAACUACCAUCAAGAUAAUGCACUUGGAUCACAAUUUGAACAAGAAGAAGAAAAACGACAUCAUCAUGAUGAAACGCAAGGUCGUGGUGUUAAAGAGGAUUUAGAUGAAAUCAAACAAACCCUAACUCGCCAAUUUUGGGGAAUGGCUUCCUUUCUCGCUCCUCCCCCAACAAUUUCUCAAUCCGAUCACUCUGUUUCACAAUCCGAUUCUGAACAACAAGAACAAGUGGAUGAUGUUGUGAUUUCGAAUCAAUCUUUUGACGUGGAACAAAUUGCGCUCCAUGGGGAUGAUCCUGAACCGAAUUCGGUUUCAAUCGGAUCCGAAUCGGAAGGAGACAGGGAACCGGAGUUUGAUUUCCAAUGCGCGGUUGGAAUUACGGAAGAGGUGUUGACAUUUGCCAUGAAUAUCGCUAUGCAUCCCGAAACGUGGUUAGAUUUUCCCAUUGACGAGGAAGAUGACACCGAAGAUUUUGACAUGUCCGAUGCCCAGCGAGAUCAUGCUUUGGUUGUUGAAAGACUCGCUCCAAGAUUAGCUGCGCUCAGAAUUGAACUGUGCCCUUUCCAUAUGAGCGAAAGUUACUUCUGGCAAGUCUAUUUUGUACUUUUGCAUUCAAGGCUUAAUAAACAAGAUUCAGAGGUUUUGUCUACACCCCAGGUCAUGGCAGCCAGAGCAAUGUGGAUGCAGGAAUUGCAGAAACAAACAAAGCCAGAAUUUGAAUAUUUCGGAAGAAGGACUCAUUCCUCGCAAGACAAUGCUCAGAAUGAUGAUUUUACUCCUAGCUUAUUAGAUGACACCUAUUCUGAUGACAUGCCUCAUCGGACAUACGGAUAUAGAACAACAACUUUGUCUGUGAUGGCAGAUAACAAGUCUGAGAAGUACACAGUUGAAAGUUUUGGAUCACAUUUCUCUGACAAGUCAGUUAUUGAGGAAAAUCCAAUUAUUAAAACUGAAAACAAAGAUCUAAAAAGUGGUCGGCCAUCUCAAAUUAUAAUUGACUAUGGUGAAGACGGCGACGAUGAUUGGCCAGAGGAUGAUUCUGAUUUAGGGGGAUAUGGUGGAAUAACACUCCCUAUUGUGAAUGAAGAAGACAUAUCGUUCAGUGAUCUCGAAGAUGAUGACUAUGGUAUUAAACAUGUUAGUACCAAUUCAGGUUCAAAGGUUGAAUAAACUUCAAUCCAGAUGGACACCACUGUGGUGAUUUCAGGGGAGAUGGAACCUCACUUGAAACAAGGAAUCAUUAAGAGAAUUGCUGGACGUUCGGAAAAACUUGGAUACUGGUGUAUGAACUCUAGCAUUUCUUUUACAGAACGGUGAGCAACGUUGCAAACAUGCCGUGAUUGUUAUUUGAGGCUGUUCAACGAACUUGUUAAUCCUUUUCUCCCAACAUUCUUUUGCCACAAGACUAGGUGGAUUUGAAGGUGGAUCUUGUAUCCGAAAAUAACUCAAAUAGAAAGGAAAAGGCAGAGCCAAGAAAAUGAAACGUGUCUAUAAAUAUCCAGAACAGGGAUGUGGGUUGAAAUAUGUGCAUCAAUCUCCGGGACAACUCUGUUUGAAAACACAUUAUAUAGGUGCAAGAAUGUAUAUAAAAUGCCUUGUUUGUCAUCAAAUAUCAAAUAUAGAUUUUGAAUUUUCUCAUGUAUUUUAUGGUGGAUGUAAUAGGUUUUGGUGUUUUCAUCCCCGCGUUGUUCUUGUGAAUCCUAAUUGCAUUGGUGUGUCAACUGCGUUUGAAAACCAUAGUGAUUAUGUCAGUAUCUUGCGAGAUGAUGAUCAACUGGAAUGUGUUUUUCAUCUAAGGAUAUAGGAUUCUUGGCCUAAACUUUUUUUAGGUUAAACCUAGAAGAAAUCGUUGUUUUUCUUCAAA